AUGCCUGACGGAAUCUCACCCGAGGAAAAACGGCGCCUACAGGAGCAGGAACGCCGUUAUCAGAAGGCCGAGAAAGAGGCUCGGGCCGCUUGGCAGCGUGGCCUUGAAAAUGAGCGAGAGGCUGCUGAGGCUCUUCAAGAAGAAAAGAAGACCCACUUGGGGAAGCGCAGGGUAUCGUUUGAUUCUUCGCGGAAUCAAACAUACCUUCUGUACAGCCAGUCCCCUCAGCUUGACCCUACGCCUGCCCAAUCCACCGAUGCCGGCGAGCCCUUCGAGGAGCUCCUAAGCGAAAGAUACCGAUUACUUGUCAAGGAAAUUGCAUCCUUGCGUUCCGGGUUUGCCGAGCUCGAGUUUCUUGAAAUCAAAGAGGCUGAAGAGGAGGCUCUCGCUCGGAAAGUGCAGGCGCACGAAGCGGCCAGGCUAGAGCAGGAGCGCCACCGAAAGAAGGCCGAAGAGGAGGCUCUAAGAACCAAAGAGGCUAAGGAGAGUGUUUUUGCCCUCAUACAGCGGGAGGGCGAAGCGGCGCGCAGAAAAGAUGAGGAAGCUUGGAAGGAGCAGAAGCGCCUCCGUCAGAUGGCCGAGCAGAAGGCUCUCAAAGCCGCAGAGGCUGAGAAGAAGGUACUUGCUCGUGUUAAGCUGGAGUACGAAGCCCGGAAGGAGCAGGAACGCUGUCGUCAGAUGGAGAAGGAGAAGAUAGUUUGGAAGCGUGACCUUGAGAACGAGCGCCCAUCCACCAGUCAGGCUCAUCCAUGGAAACCAGAGCAGAGUCCAUAUCCUCUGAGACCCUCGGGUCAACAGCACCCACCGACAAUGGAAUACCCAACCAUUGAUCACUCCCAUUUGAAGCAUUAUCAGCAUGGGCAUCCGAGCCCCCGCCAGGCCCCAUCAGCAUCUUCAGUACCGGUCGGUCUUUCUGGAUUGCCUGCGGUGUCUCUCUGUUCUGACUUGGCUCCGGACGUCACUUGUUACGGAGACAAGGGCCGAGACCGCUCCGACUAUGCAGGUACAUUCGGAUCGAAAGAGAAAGAACACUUGCACCAAGAGUGUUUUUCUUCGGCGCCCCGGCCAAAUUGGUCUACACCUUCGGUGCCAGUCGGUCUUUCAGGCAUGCCUGCUGGAUCUUUGUGCUCAGACGAAGCUCCAGAGGUUGCCAGGUACAAAGACGAGGGUCGAGGUCGCUCUGGCUACACAAAAGCCUAUGGAUCGAAACAUCAGGAACCCUCACACCGAAAUCGUCUCCGUUCGGCUCCCAGCUCGGAUUGGUCUAUGCCCCCUGUACCUGCUUGGAAGUCUCCUACACUCGAACCGCAGGUAAUAAAGCAGACUUUGGUCAUUCCGGCUCAGCGCUCAUGUUAUGCGGGAGUGGAGACUCCCAAGGAGCAAUGGCCAUUGCCACCCACACCUGCUCCUAGUAACAAUGAGCCUCAGGUUCCCACCCGUCUAGAGAGUGAACAAGAGAAGCUGCAACGAGAAUUGCGGGAAGAAAAGAGGAAAUUCGACCAGGGGAUAGCCAGACUACGGGCUGAGGUGGAGAGGAAAGGGCAAGGCCACGGCGCAAGCAGCGUUGCGUCAUGGCAGACGGGAUGCAAGUCCGUCUGGGAGGAUCCCACGAAGGUGGCUCCUGAAAAUACUGCCAAUGACAGCUCCAGAGACGUUGCCAAGGCUGUACUGAAGGAUGUUGCCGUUCAGACCGGGAAUAUUACUCCUGAAAAUGACACUCGCAAAUCGCCCUGGGAGCGCGGCACGGAAGGCCACGGUCGAGACUCGAAUGUCGACUACAAUGGUCGAAGCCUCAGCCGGACGACCAAAUAUACCCGUCAGUAUGAGGCGGAGGACUUGAGCCCAAGUAACGAUAACCGUACGGAGAGGCUUUCCAAGGCGCAUGUCCGCGCCAAAUCACUUAAGCUCAAACUGCCCGUGGGAACCAACCCUCCCUACGUGCCACCAACUCCUUAUUGGCACCCAUCGUUCCCUCCCAGCCUUCCUCCCAUACCCUCAAAGCGCUCGAGUGUCCCCGGCCCCGCUGUGGCUAUCCUUCCUCUUUCGACCUUGGAUAAACAGAAUGAUCAAUACGGAGAUCUCAAAACGCCGAUGCCCCCCGGCAGCUGCGUCCACAACUACUAUCCCCUAGCGGCUGAGAAGAAGGUCAAUCCGGCGAAGUACUGA